CUCCGCCGUUGCUAAUUCUCUCAAUGGAACUCGCUGACAUUCAAUGCGCGUGUGCUAAAGUAAACAGUGACGUCAGCGCCCACUCCUUUGCCCGUUCUCCGGGCCACAUCUGAACAAAGGCCUGCCCCUUUUCAUGAGGAUUUCUCUGCCGCCAUCGUUACUUUACGUGUAAUCACGAUUACUAAAUCGGAUUACGAUACUUUUAUUAUAUUUUAAGAUGUCGAUAACAGCAGAGAUAACGUCCGGAAUGGAUGUUGACCACCAUGAAAGCAGCGGCGAGACCAAAUCGGCCAUGCAUACUUGGCGUUAUCGCCACCAUUUCACGUACAAGGCAGAUCAAGGAAAAAAUAUCAUCGUCCAGUGUAAUCUAUGUCUGCCGAGGGUCAAUCUGCUCUCCACGUCGAAAACCUCAACAUCAAACCUAAAGAAGCAUUUAGACAGAACACACUUGGGCUGUGAAGCCAGGCCUGAUGUCAAGAGAGGGAGGAGAAAGGAAGAGCACAAUGGUGACGAAAGUAGGCACUGCCAACUCAAAAAACUUAAAGCUGAAAUCAUCUCCAAAUGUAUGACCCAAACAAAGAUCGAUCAGCUGAUUUUCAACUUCAUUGUAGAGGAUUGCCAGUCAUUUUACGUGCUAGAGCAGCCUGGCUUCAAGAAGCUGGUUUCUGGCUUAACUGAUGGGUUAAAGUCCAUGGACAGGGUGACCUUGUUUACAAAGGUGGACCAGGGUUUCUCCAGGAUGCGGGAAGAGCUGAUGGCGAAACUCACCAACAUCCAGUACGUGUGCACCACGGCGGACAUCUGGACCGCCAACAGCAGGAGCUUCUUCGGGAUGACGUGUCACUGGAUCGACACGCAGUCUCUGGAGAGGAAGUCUGCCGCUCUGGGGUUCGCCAGGCUGCAGGGCAGAAUCACGCACGACACCAUCGCCGGGCGGAUACACGACAUCCACGUGGCGUACAAUAUCGAAAGCAAAGUUCAGACCACGGUCACCGACAACGGCAGCCCGUUCAUCAGCGUGUUCAAAGAGUUCGCGGUGGACGGCCAGGAAAGUGACGAUGACAUAGGGUUCUAUGAGAACGUGAGCGCCGUCCUGGAGGGCGAGCCGGAGCAGGACAUGCUCCUGUUCCUGCCCACCGUGCAGCGCUGCGCGUCGCACAUGCUGGAGCAGAUCGUGACGGAGGACUUUUGGCAGGCGGUGUCGCAGGGGCCCAUGUGCCAGCUGCACUACAGCACCAUGGCGAAGGUUUACGCCCUUUGGAGCAAAUGCCACCACCUGCAGGUCGGCAUGGACGCCGCAGAGGAGAUCGGGAAGAUGGCGCUCGUCGUGCCCGCAGUCAUACGCUGGAACGUGGAGUACUGCGCCGUGCAGAAGAUCGUCUCCCUCAGCGAGCGCGAGCUGACGGAGCUGUGCGCGCGCUUGGAGGUCCCGCGCAUGCAGCCGGAGGAGAUGGCCUUCCUCAAGGAGUACGUCACCGUGUUUCACCCGCUCGCUUUUGCACUUGAACUUUUCCAAGCGGAGCAGAAAUGCUACCUGGGCCUGGUGGUGCCCACCGUGCUCAGCCUGAAGAACAAACUAAACGAGCAGAAAGACGCGGCGACUUACUUCGGCGACGUCAUCAACGCCAUCGUGGUAGCCAUCGACGUGCGGUUCCAGGAGCUUUUCGCAAGCACGGAGGCGAAGAUCGCCACGGCGACGACGCCUCAGUUUCGUUUGUGGUGGAUGGCCGCCUCCGACCGGGAGGAGAUGUGCUCGCUGCUGGCUACAGAAGCGUCCCAGAUCGACCCGUGCACCAUCGUGGAGGCCAACACCAGCAGGAAUCUGUCGACCAUCGAGUCCGAAGACGACUUCUUCAGCUACGGGUCCCCGAAGCCCACCGUUCAGAUCCAGCAACGGGGCGUGGUGGACGAGAUCCGCAAGUACGUGGAAGGAACAGGGAAGAGCCUCGAGUGCCUUCAGGACUUCCCCAGAGUGAAGCAGCUUUUCCUCAAAUACAACACCACGCUGCCCUCCACCGCCCCGGUCCAGCGCCUCUUCAGUCAGAAGGGCAACCUGGUCACCUCGCAGAGAAACUUUCUGACCGACGACUACUUUGAGCGAAUUCAGCUUUUGAGAUACAACAGCAACGUGUGUACUUUGGUCACCGAGUGAACACACAUCACUGGUUUCUCUCGUUCUCACAGCCUUUUAAUUGAUGCAGAAUCAAAACCAUAAUGUGCUAAAAAAAAAAUCAUGACGGAACCCAGAGUAAUAUCCAAAUGUCAGACAAUUUAGCCCAGAUGUGUUUUCUAAUAUCCUGCUCUUAUCUGCUUUGAUAGGUCUAGCAUAUAUCUAGCACUCCUGAAUGGCCUGAUUUAAAAAAGAAAAAAAAAAAAAUGAUCUAAUUGACAAUCAAAGACAAUGACAUUCAAGGACUGAACAUACUGACAUCUUUCUAUCUGUGCUAUCGUUGUGAUUUGAAGUAGCCACAGGGUUCAAACUGAAGUGAUUUUGUCUUUCGGUUCAGCUAGUUUGUCUGCAGUUUGUUUUUUCUACAGGUGCUCAAUGAGAAUGCAUCUCCUGUCUGUAUGUUUUAUAUAAUAUAUAAAGAGACAAGGAAAGGG